GUAACGAACAGAAGUUAGUCGAUACCCGAGUGCCGAAUAAGACUGAUGUGUCUCGCGUGAAUAUAGUGAAGUUUCGACUCGUCCGGUUGUACUUAACCGACCACCUAUUUCCUUCCUGUCUGCCCACCACCCACAGAAGAGGGGCAGUUGUGUCCUUAAGUUUGGCCUAAAAGUGUCAGAGGCGAAGAAUCUUGAACGGAAUCUAUCUACCGCUGAGGAGGAUAGUGCGUAGAUGCCGAUACCCGCUGCAUAGUGCCUGUGUGAAGUGAAAAGAUGGAAAAUCUAGGAAUUGCAGUCUGUUUUACCGUUCUACUUGCAAUUGGUUAUGUCACAGCUCUCCAAUGGGAUGCCGUCGUCACAACCGACAGUGGCAUCCUGUUCUUCGACAAGAAUUGGACACAAAUAUCUUCAGGAGGACACCAAUUUCAGCACAUUUCGGCGUUCGCUUACGACGAGGUGAAACGGAAAAUCUACUUCAGUGAUCUCAAGGAUCCGAGCUAUCGAAUCUUUUCGUUGGAUACGAAUCCGGAAGAGGAGUAUCACAAAGUAGUGAAACUACUGCCAAAGUCCGACCGGACCGGCUACAUCACCGGUUUGGCGUUCGAUCACCUCGAGCGUAAGUUGUACUGGACCGAGAAAGGGACACAUUCAGUGUACUCAGUCGAAGUCGAUAAGCUGGGGGCCCCGGCGGCGGCGGCGGCGGCGAACGCAACCGAUGGCCUCAUCAACCUUGUCGCCCAGGUUGAAGAAAAUCACGACCUGGCAGCUUUGACGAUCGACGAAUGCCGUAGGCACCUCUACUGGACGAACAGCUACCUUCAAACGUCCAGUAUCGUUCGGGCGGCCAUGAAUGGCACAGUACUGGACGCCCACAAGGAGGACGUCUACGAGCCGAGGGGCAUUUCGGUCGACCAUUACAACAACCGCAUCUACUGGGUGGAGAAAAAGUACGGUCGAGCAUUCACUGUCGAAAGCGCCAAUCUAGAAGUACAAGACAAACAAACAUUCCUCAGGGGUUCGGAUAAAAUUCCGACACACGUGUCACUCAACAGCGAAUAUUUGUACUGGGUAGACCAAGAGGAUGGAGAAGUACACGAAACGAAAAAAUCCGAUUCCAAAGUGACACAAGUCGUGUACAAAGGCAGUCGUCCAUCAGCACUUAUAAUCCGUUCAAGCCUUUUAGUAGAAUAUCAGAAAAACAACCCAAGUUGUAAAACUGUUGUAUCCAGUAUCAUAGACAACGUUAGGAAAGAAUCCAGCGAAGUAAUAGAAUCAUCCCAGGCUGUAACAGCUAAGCCUGAAAUGAUCACCUGUCUUAACAAAGGCAUCCUGAACCACAACACCAACAGCUGUAUCUGUCUACCCGAAUAUCAGGGUACAUUCUGCGAGAUUCCAAUCUGCAACAAUUUCUGCGUCCACGGUGAGUGUGUAGUGGGUGCCGACAGCCGACCAACGUGCAAGUGCCAUGCCGAAUUCGAAGGCGAGCGAUGUGAUCGCAACAAAUGUGAUGGAUACUGUUUGAACAGUGGCCGAUGUGUGCUCAGCGCCUCGGGUCAGAGGUCUUGUACUUGUUCGAAAAAUUUCAGCGGCGCUCGGUGCGAGACCGCUAUCUGUACGUCGGACUACUGCUAUAAUGGAGAGUGUUUCGUGGAGAAUGAAGUUCCCAAGUGCAAAUGCAACGUCGGCUAUCGAGGGGACCGGUGCGAGGAGUACACGUGCAACAACUAUUGUCUGCACGACGGCAAAUGCAUUCUAAACAACGACACCAUGCUGGUGGAGUGCCGUUGCGGCUCGGAGUACACCGGCAAGCGGUGUGAAAUUCCGAAACGGUUCUGUUCACUCGAUAACGGUAACCCAGAGAUGCAGCAGUACUGUGAGGGGGUCGCCAUUUCCACGCACCUAGUCGAACCACAGGUUACCUACUGUAAGAAUUCGUUCAAUCGCACAGUUGUGUACGUCUCACUGGCCUUCACGGCGUCGUUGGCCAUCCUGGUGACGAUUCUGUGUACGGUGCGCCGCAUCUACGAGCGGAACCGGCCACGCAUCACCAAGCGUUUCAAAGUCACAAACAACACACAGAUGACCUCCCGUCCGGCAACGCAGUGUGAGAUAACGAUCGAGAACUGCUGCAACAUGAACGUGUGCGAAACGCCAUGCUUCGACACAAAGAUACUGCAGAAAUCGUCCGCAAAGCCGGAAGACAAACAGUUCCUCCUGGACGAUAUCGAAAGCAUAGCUGGAUCGUACCGUAAGCUUCCGAGCUGCGUUGCCGAUAAAAACUAGCCUUUUUGAUCGCGUGAGACUGAAACUGCCACCAGCACGUGGUCAAUACUCCUCUCUACAGAGCGGCAGCUGUAAAAGUGCGAUUAAAACUGAACUGUACAUAAAUCAACCGGUACAAUGGGGACGGACCAUUGCCACAACUGAAAUCUCUCCAAUAGCAAUAUGUCUUAGUUAGUUGUGAACUAAAUUAUGUGAUUAGAGUUAUGCUAGUUUAGGUGGAAACCCUGCUCGAGAACUGCACAUUAGUUGAGGUGUUAGUCGGUUUGGUUAUUAUGGAAGUUUUUGAAUUUAUUGUUUUAAUUAGUACUUUGUCCAUUUGUGGCUCAUUUUGAAAGGCAAUCUUUUAAUUUGUUUCAACACGUCUAUUUUGAAAUUUGUCUAUUAGUUUGAACAAAAGCGUACUUGAAUAACCGAAACAUGUUCCUUAAAAGCGAUAGAGUACCAAAACGAGAACAAAUAGCAAUCAGCUACAUAUUUCUAAGGCAAUAGAAAAAGCAGGUCAUUUGUAUGAAGUCAUACCACAGAAAUUCAUCAACGCGCAAAGAUUAACAAUUUUUGUUUAAAGAAAACCUAAAAUGUACCUUUUCAAAGUAUGUUAACGUCAAUAGCUCAGCAUACUGUAAAAGUUACUCGCCUUAACAUGGAAAAAAACUCAAUCAAUUUUGCGGUUUGUACUUGUUGGAGCCGCGUAAAAUUAUAGGCGGUUGUUUCGGCUUAUUUAACAGUUCCUUUAGUUGUUAGUGAUUUGUUAAUUAUUUUUAGAAUAAAGGUGCCAAUUAGAUGCCGCAUUAAUUGUCCAAUAAAUAUCAAAUUGAUAUUCAAACAUC